ACUUCCUGUUGGGGCGGAGCUGUGGCGGCGAGUCAGUGGACCAGCUGUAUCUGCAAUUGUAUUCCUGUUUUAAGCACCGUUCUUUGGAGUAUUUCGGCACUGGAGCUUUAACCGCUGAUGGCGCUGUGGGUGGAGAAACGUUUGUUAGGCUUGUUACAUCAUGGUUGCAGGAUGGUUGCUACAGCUGUGGACAUCACAUCAAAACAUGGCAGAAGCUAAAGCAGGAAGAGAGAGGAGGAGGCAAAACAGCUUUAUUCACUUGUGGCUCUCAUGAAGAAUAAAGAUAUUUCUCAAAAGCUUCUAGUGAAGUCCUUAUAUCUUACUGGUGAGAACUGGCUUAAAUAAAUUAUGAUUCAUUCUCUGGAGCUGGAUGCAUUGCUACCUAAACAAAACUGGAGUUCUGUUAGCAAGGAGGAAGAGUGUCAGAUGGAGUCUCACUCUGUCUCCUAGGCUGGAGUGCAGUGGCACGAUCUCAGUUCACUGCAACCUCUGCCUCCUGGGUUCAAGCAAUUCUCCUACCUCAGCCUCCUGAAUAGCUGGGAUCACAGGGAACGAUGCCUCUGGAGGUGGUGGUGGAGCUGCAGAUCCGGGCGAUUUCUUGCCCGGGGGUGUUCCUGCCUGGAAAGCAAGAUGUGUACCUCGGGGUCUACCUCCUGAAUCAGUACCUGGAGACAAACAGCUUUCCUUCUGCGUUCCCCGUUAUGAUUCAGCAAAGCAUGAGAUUUGAAAAGGUAUUUGAAAAUGCAGUAGAUCCUGGAGCUGUAGCAGACAUUUUGGAAAGCUUCCUAACCAGGUUUGAAUUAAUACAGCUAGUUCCUCCAGUAUGGGAUGAGUUGGCCUGCUAUGAAGAAAACACACGGGAUUUUCUUUUCCCUGAGCCCAAGCUGACACCUUCAUAUUCUAGGAGGUAUAGGGACGUGCUCAUGAAGACGGCUGUAGGUUUUCCAGGCAUUGCUCCCAAAAUAGAGUUUUCUACAAGGACAGCCAUCAGAGAAUGUGUGUUUCUGCACAGAAACAGAUUUCUUGAAGAAAGACAUAAGUCACGAAGGCCUUUAUUUACGUCACAUGAACCAAUAUUAAAUACUAUAAAGAUGAAACCAAAGGAGAAUAAUCUCAAUAGACUGCCCAAAGGCAUGCAAGCUGGGGCUCCCUCUCCAUAUUCUACCAGGCGUUUCUUCCAGGACCAGCCAGCUCAGUUGAACCUUGGAAAUAAUUUCAAAAUCUUCAGUGGAAGCAAGCCUCCAUUUGUUGUUAGACACGUGGACAGUGCAAAGCCCUUUGGUGAGAAUAUUUCAGAGCAUCAUUUGAGGAGGUCUAGAAGAAAAUCUAAGUUUUCAGACUUUCCGUUUCCAAUGAGAAGAGCUUCUUCUCUUGACAACCUUGCAGCUAACAUAAAGGUUAUCAAAGAGCCAGAUGAACAGAUUGUUUUAAGGAGCAAGUCAUCAUCACGUUUAGAUUCAAGUAAAUUUGGAAAGCCCUCACCCAGUAAACAAGGGGAUGCCAGAUUCCAUGGGAAAGCUUCAUUUUCUGCCUCCCAGCAUUCCAGAUCUCCUGGCCCUCUGGAUCAACCCCUUUUCCGAGAAAGGUUCCAUCCUGGUUCUCAGUCCACAUGGAAGAAUAUCCAUGAGAGGGUAUGCCAUCUUCUGACAGCCUACAGAGCUCAGCAGCACAAAAACAAGGAAGAUUCUACGUCUGAAGUAAAUUGUAUCAUCGAAAGACCAAGCUGCCCUCUGAAGCAAUACCCACUGAGAUAUUUUUAAGCUACUGUCUUAUAUAAGUAAGCAGCUUAAGUGCUUUUCCUUAUAUGGAUUUGCUAAAAGACUUUCAGUUUCAUCCUUUCACUGUGAAAUAACUAGAAAGUGUGGAGGAUGGGAGACUUGGAAGAGACCUAAGAACCACGUUCUCUCCUCACUCUGUAUAAUAAUGGCAGUGCAUGUGUCUUCCAGCUCUCUUGACUCCUCUUGUAAUCAUUUCCCCGGCCCCAACAUCACCCUUUAUCUAAUGGGCCUCUGGCCUUCUUUCAGCUCUUUGAACACGAGCUCUUUCCUGCUGUGGGGUCUUUGCACAUGUUGUUUUCUACAUCUGAACUAUAUCGUCCUGACUCUGCCUGGAUAACUUCUAUUUGUCCUUCUAGUCUCAUGACUUUCUAUGACACAACACUCCUUCUCCCUCCGAUGUGUACCCUUUAGCACCCUGCAUUUUUCCUUCAUAAAUUAUGACACAAUUUAUUAUUAUAUUUGAUCUGGGCUGCUUGUUUAAAAUCCAUCUCUUCUACCAGAAUGAAACCUUUAUGAGAUGAGGGAUCUGUGCCUGUUGCUCACUGCUUUAUACCCAGCAUUUAGUACCAUACAAUGGAAUCACAUUUAAUUUUUCAAACACAUGUACUAGGUGUGUGUACUGAACAAGAACCUGCCUUCCCACCUCCACCUUGCUGCUGUCCCUGUAUCAUCUGACCCUUCACGAUGGUUGUUGCUCAGUAGAGAGCUUUUAUAAAUGUAUGUUGAAUGAGGUAACAAGGCAACUCUAGAAUUCAGAUUGGUGGCAGGUAGUUAGUCACAUUUUGGGACAUCAUCGUUUCUCAUAUGUUCUUUUGUUUUCCAUUUCUAACCCAGGCCCAGAAUAAUAAUUGCCCUUCCUUAUAACAUGCGGCCUGAGUGCUGAGACUUGUCCACAUACUUCACAUAUAUUAAACAAGUUCAUAUCUAAUUCUCAGGACAAUCUGUUGAGUUAGGUACUAUCAUUAGUUUCAUCUUACAGAUAGGGAAACUGAGACAUAGGUUAGGUCCCUUGCUCAAGGUGACAUGGCUAAUGAAUGGUGGAGCUGAAAAUAUGGACGUGGGUAGUGUGGCUUCAGAGAACAGUCUCUUAACCACCACAUUCUAUCGCAUUUCCAAAGCUAGAGUAUAAUCAUACAUGGAAAUCCAUGGGGAGAAAGAGCAGGUGUGUGAAAGAGGGCCCUUUGGAACCCAAGCAGAGUUUGUGGGCAUUACCUUAAGAAGCCUCCCACUAGGAUCCUAUAGCUUUGUACUGUGUAGUCCUCAUUCAGCAGGAUCAGAAUAAUUAUGCAUCUUUCUAAACAGUAAAGGAGUGUGGGAUGACCUGCUAAGUUUUCAUUGUAGUCUGGCUCCUGAAAGUCUGGUUUGAGGGUCACCCGUGCUUUAUAGCACAAGUUGGCUUACCCUAGGAGUGGCCAGGGCUCCUCACCUUUAGCACAGAAGAAGGUGUAUGUAGGACAGCUAAGUAAUUGCCCAUUCUGCAGGCUUCUACCUUAGAACAUUCUGCUUGCUAGAUUAAAGGAUGGAUUCUGGGCCAUUUACUCUCUGGUUACCAAAAUAGCCAUCUAGGCAAUUACUUAGGUAGUUACAGGAACAUAGCCCACAUGAUUACUAAAUGCCAAAUUAUGUUGAAUUUCAACAUGCGUAAUAUCAAGUUACAUAGAGCCCUGAACCAGCUGAUAUAUGUACUCUGAUGUUGGGGGAUAGAGAGUAGGUAAGAAAAGAAAAAAAAAUCACAUCAAUUCUAUCUUGGAAAACAGGUUUCCUGCGUAACAGGAAUUCCCACCCAGUGGUUUGGAACACGCUUAGAAUACCUUCUCUGGAAGCUCUCCCCUGACCCCACUCCUUGAGUCAUGGAUUCCUGGUGAGGCUGGGAUCCUGGAGGGUCAUUUUAGUGAAGGUUUAGUGAUUAUGAAAAAGACUCUGGCUAAUCUUAAACAAACAGGGCAUGUAUUUGAAAGAUGCUGAGUAUCCAUCUCAGUGAGUGCGGGAAAGAUCGAAACAAGCAGGAUGAAAAAGCUAAAACAGGACAGCCAGAGCCACUCCUACGGGUUGGGAAGACAGAUCCCAGGCAGGAGGCAUCUGACACACACAACACAGUGGCUCCCACUGUGUGUCCCAGUCCUGGCUUUUCUUGAGGACUCUCUUGUAAUGGCAGCACCAAUUCCUGUCCCUCCCCUUCUCCGUAUCACCUGUUUCACUGCCAGCCAGCUUUCCCUCUCCUGUCUCCCCAGCGAUCUUGAGAUUCCAGGGAGAUGAAAAAGUAGAUUCUUACCACAAAAAGGUCAGGAAUUCUUGAGCCAAAAACAAUGAAUCCAAUUGUCUGACUAGGUAGAGGGAGGGAAUGAGUGGAAGAAAUGGGUUGAAGGGGUCGGAAUACAUCUAUUUCUGGAUCUUUUGGGACUUGGUACUUUUGGUAUAAACAGAGUAUCCCUUGUAUAUUUAGAAAUGGUGAAUUUUACCACACAAGAAACAAAUACCCCUCAAAAAAACCUAAACAAAACCUCCCACAAAGAAACCCCUCAGAUUAUCCCUAAUUCUCUUGGAAGGCAUGAUUGCCAUGACAUUGUGGCCUUGCCAAGUGUGUGACCUGGUGUUCGUUGACUGAGAUUCUGCUUCCAAGGAGGGCUGACAAGGUCGCUGCUGUGACACCUCCGGUCCCUCAGGCAGAGUCAGGCUCUCUGCCUCUGUGAGGUGGCGGAGAUGGCUGAGCUGCAUCCACCCUGGCCUGCUGACUUCUUCCUCCCUGUGCUUCAGCAGCUCCCUGUGAUUCCAGGUUCCACUAUGUGCCUGGCCUUCAGCAGGAGCCAGUCCCUUUGCAAUGCUCCCAACUGGAGUGUCAGCAAAGAAUUCAGACCUAGAUUUCCUCAGAUGCAGACAAGAAUUGUAGUUCUAAACCUUUGAUAAAUUAAAGAACAGCAAAAAGGAAAUAGCCAAAACAUUUUUUAAAAAGGGAAAAUUAAUUGACGUGCUGGUUUCUGACCAUGUUAUUGCUCGUUAGGACUCCAGUUCCUAAGACAGUGGCUGGUACUGGUUCUAACCUCGCCUGUCUCCAUUGGGCAGGGGUUAUUUUACUUUCCCUCAUGGGGUUCCAUUACAACCAGCCUGCAGAUUUCAGCUCCACUAUUUGGCACUCACCCUCUCUGAUUUGGUCACCAGCUUCUGAGGAAUUGGUCAUUUGGUAGCUUGUGGGCAUGGAUGCACAGAUGUACCUCCCUUUAUCCCAGUACUUCCUGGUCUUGUCAGGGUCCAACAGACCACACAGGGAGUGACCAUGCACCCAAAUCAUAAGGCAAAUUCCUGGAUCAGCUGUCCUCAGUGGGUGUUAGAAUCAUCUGGGGAGCUUUGAAAAAUACCAAUGCCCAAAACCCACUUCAGACGAGCUUAAUUGGAAUCUCUGCAGGUAGGGCCUGGCAUUGUUUUUUUUUUUUUUUUUUUUUUGAGACAGAGUCUCGCUCUGUUGCCCAGGCUGGAGUGCAGUGGUGUGAUCUUGGCUCACUGCAGUCUCUCUCUCCUGGGUUCAAGUGAUUCUCCUGCUUCCGCCUCCUGAGUAGCUGGGACUACACGUGUGUGCCACCAUGCCCGGCUAAUUUUGUACUUUUAGUAGAGAUGGGGUUUCACCAUAUUGGUCAGGCUGGUCUCCAACUCCUGACCUGGUGAUCUACCUGGCUCGGUCUCCCAAAGUGCUGGGAUUACAGGUGUGAGCCACCAUGCCCAGCCACAUUGGUAUAUUUAUAAAAGUUCUUCAGGGGAAUUUUUUUUUUCAGUUUUCCAGGCUGUAGUGCAGUAGCGUGAUCUCAGCUCACUGCCACUUCUGCCUCCCAGGUUCAAGCAGUUGUCGUGCCUCAUCCUCCUGAGGAGCAGGGAUUACAGGUGUGCACCACCACACCAAAGUAAUUUUUAUAUUUUUUGUAGAAAUGGGGUUUCAUCAUGUUUCCUGGGCUGGUCUCAAACUCCUGGCCUCAAGUGAUUUACCUGCCUUGGCCUCCCAAAGUGCUAGGAUUAUAGGCAUGAGCCACCACAUCAGCCUCUUCAGGGAAUUCUGAUGUACAUUUAGGAUUAAGAAUCUCUGCAGUCAGAUGUGAGUUUCUUAAGGAUGGGGAAUUUGGAAGCUUCCCAUCCCCAAUCCCAUAGUGACUCCCAUUUAUGCUCAAAUAUAAUUAUUCUGGCUGGACGUGGUGGCUCUCUCCUGUAAUCCCAGCACUUUGGGAUGCCAAGGUAGGAGGAUUGAUUGAGCUCAGGAGUUCAAGACCAGCCUGGGCAACAGAGCAGCACUCUGUCUCUAAAAAAUAAAUAAAAAAGAAAGAGGCCAAGUGUGGUGGCUCAUGCCUGUAGUCCUAGCACUUUGGGAGGCCAAGACAAGUGGAUCACUUGAGAUCAGCAGUUAGAAACCAGCCUGACCAACAUGGUAAAACCCUAUGUCUACCAAAAAAAAAAAAAAAAAAAAAAAAAAAAAAAAUUAGCUGGGCGUGGUGGCCAGUGCCUGUAAUCCCAGCUACUUGGGAGGCUGAAGCAGGACAAUUGCUUGAAACUGGGAGGUAGAGGUUGUAGUGAGCCAGGAUCACACCAUUGCACUCCAGGUUGGGUGAUAGAGCAAGACUCCAUCUCAAAAGAAAAAAAAAAAAGAAAAGAAAGAAAAAUAAAGAAGAAAGGAAAGAGGGAAGGAAGAAAAUUUGUUCAGUAGAAUAUAGUUGAUUAGAACAUGUUUAACGGCUCAACUGAAUAACACCUAUUUUGGCACAUUUACUAUUGUAGCAAGGACUCUGCUAACUCGUCACAGUAAUAAUAGAAGGUAGAUACUCUGUCGUCAUCCUGAUAUUUUACAAAGAUGUCAAGUAACUUGCCUAAGGUCACAGAGAUGCUCACUGGGUAAACCUGUUGUAGGAAUCCAGGGAAAAAAGGCUCAGAGACCAAGUGAUCCCAAGGCAUAGCAACAUGCCAAGACUGGGGUAGUAUGAAAUCAUCUUUUUCUCCUUACUUGUAUUGGAUUGUUCACCUUUUUCUCAAUACCACAUGUAGAAUGUGAUGUUUCAGAUUUUGCAUGGGAAGUGAAUGAAAGCCGAAUGAGGAUCAUGAAGAGCUCAUUCAUCGAGACAAUUGAAGCAUCCUUAGAGAAAUGAACAAUUUUUGUUGUCUGUGUUGAGUCACUGGUGGCUAAUCCCCUUUAAACCAAACCCUGUACUCAAGUCUUUGUGCCCAGGUAAGAAUUGUUGAUUAAAGUGUUUGCUGUCUGGGGGCUCACAUUUUCUUGUCAAGCUGGAAAAUUUGUGUUUUUGUAUGUUUGUUUUGAACAUGAAAUAGAAAGCACCAUAGUUGGGUGACAGGUGCUUUUCCAUUUGGAAAGGACUUCUUAGAAUUCUAACGAAAAUGUCAAGAUGCCUUUUAAGGUAUUCUUCAUUUUUAACAGUGAAUGUGUUCUUGAAAACUUCUUUUCUUCUAUUUUCCUCCUUCUGAUCCCUUCUUCCUCCCCUAUCUUUCUUUCUCUCUCUCUCAAAUUAGUUAUAUAUGAGCUAGAGGAAGGCUAUUCAGAGGAAUAGCCUGAUAAAUCCUCCAGGAAAACUGUCAACUUGACCUUCUCUUUUUGGUAAAUCUGUUUUUGUUGUUGUUUGUUUAUUUCUUAGUGUUAGGCUUGAUUUAGAUGAAGUCCGCUAAAAACCUAGACAAGAGAGCACUGCCUCUAGAGAAUUCAGAUCUUGUUUUAAAUGUUGAAUUUCUAUAGUAAAUUGCAAGAGGAGGCUAGUUCCUUUGGAGUGUAGUUUAAACUACUCCUUCUGUUUCCUACUCCUUUGUUCCAGCAAUUCUUUGUAAAUUUAGAUGAGGAACAAAAGCUUCCUCAAAUAUUUCUCCAAAAGAAUUACAUUAAGUGAAUAGGUUCUACAGAUAGGACUACCAAUGUCAUGUUUUAAAGUUGGUUAGGAAGGUGCAUUUAUAAAUUGCUUAUGCAGUUUGAGGGAGCAGGAAGAGGACGCGGAUGGGAUAAAGACAGACUAGAGGUACAUUUGUCUUCGUUGAUACAGACCCAGAGAAGAGGAGCCUGAAAGUGGAAACUCAUGUCCCUCCUUCGCAGUAUAACCAUAGCGUUUUCCUCUACCAGCCCUGCUAUAGUGUGAAUGUUUGUAUCCCCUCAAAAUUUGUAUCUUGAAGUCCUAACCUCUGAGGAAAUGGGCCUUUUGGGAGGUGAGGUUGUGAGGGUGGACCCCUCAUAAAUGAGAAUAGUGCUCUAUAAAUAGGCUCAAGGGAGCUCGUUUGCUCCUUCCACUGGUGAAGAGACAGUAAGAAGGCUCCAUCUUUGAACCAGGAAGAGGGCCUUCACCAGAUUCUGAAUCUGCUGAUGUUUUGAUCUUGGACUUCCCGGCUUCCAGAACUGUAAUAAAUAAAUUCCUGUUGUUUAUGAGCUACCCGUUUUAUGAUAUUUUGCUAUAGAGCCUGAGUAGUAAGAUAAUACCUUAAAACUUGUUCCAUUUUUAGAAGAUUCAGUGAGAGCCAAGUUUUUUUUUUUCCUCAUUGUGAUAAUAGUGAUUAGUUCAUUAGGUAAAUUAAGAAAAUGAAAUUAAAAACUAAAACAGAAAAGGGACUCCAGAAACAAAACAACGAAACAAAAUUCAUUUAUCUUCUUAGAAUUUCAGCCAAAUAAAGGUAUAUCCAAGUUGAACAUCCCAAUCUAAAAAUCUCAACUCUGAAAUGCUCCAAAAUCCAAAGUCUUUGAGUGCCAAUAUGACACCAUAAGUGACUGCAUCUGUGGAAGUGCAUUCCACAUCUGACUGCAUGUGGCAGGUUGCAGUCAAAUGCAUUUGGAACUUUGUUUCAUGCUCAAAAUUAUUUAAAAUGUUGUGUAAAGUUACCUUCAGGCUUAUGUGUAUAAGGUAUAUAUAAAACAUAAAUGAAUUUCAUGUUUAGACUUAGGUCCUAUCCCCUAUCCUGAAGGUAUUUCAUUGCAUUUAUGUAAAAAUUCCAAAAUACAAAAACAGAAACCCAAGUUUGAAACACUUUUGGUCAGACCCAACCAUUGAAGAUAAGGGAGAUUCAACCUGUAUUACAACCAGCAUUCCACCUUGGCAAGGCCGUCAGCAAGCUUAAAUUAAAUGUGCUAAUAUGUUCUCGGUCUCUCUGAAACUAUAGUUGUCAAUUUAUAAUUUUGAUGUCACCUCUAAAUAGUCAUCAAAAAUAAGAAAACAUUUUGUUACAUUAAGAUUAUUCCCUAAGUCUCAGGAGAGGACUACUUACGUAAGAAGCUGAAGGAAAGCAGCCCUAAUUAACUGGUAUACCAUUUCAGUUAUUAUUAAAAUAUACACCAUGACAUUCAAUGUUCAGUGUUUUUUUGAAAUGGUUUGAGAAUAACUCUUUAAUUUAAUAAGAUCUUAAAUGCCCAUUCCUAAAGUCAUUUUUAUUUUUCACACUAAAUUGUGCUUUUUUCUCUCUACUUUCAAGUCUAUUAACUCUAUUCCUUAACUUAUUUUUGUUUUAACUUUUUGUUUUUCAAGGAAUUAUUUCAAUUUUGAGGAAUCAUGCUGGGGCAAGGGUUUCAGUUGAGGUAUUCUGCUUUUGGAGCAUGAAUAAUUUUGUGAUGUUUUGGGGUUUGGAUUACUUUGGGAAGAUCUGCGUCAUUAAACAUCAUAAA